AUGGCAGACUCGAAUGCUUUUGACAACUAUUGUGUGCAACAGGAAGAAGAAAAAGUAGAAAAUGUGCCGAAAGACAAGGUAUUCGCCGACUUUGCAGAGGAUAACAGAUCAUACUGAUUUUCAGUUCAACCUAGUCUAUUAUCUCGUUAUUCUUGUUGGUUUUGGAGUUCUUCUUCCGUGGAACAUGUUCAUCACAAUUGCGCCGGAGGUUUGUUUUGAUCGAUAGAGAGUAUAACGGAUAGAGUUUUCCAGUUCUACGUGAAUUACUGGUUCAAACCGUCUGGCAAUGAAACGUGGUAUGCGAAACAGUUCUUGGGAUCGCUGACCAUAGCCUCGCAGUUUCCGAACGUCUCCAUCAAUGUCUUCAACCUCUUCCUUAUCAUCGCGUGAGUUAAUCCCGCUUGUUCCAAUACAAAUUCCCAUUUCCUCAGCGGACCACUGAUCUACCGUGUCUUCGCACCGGUCUGCUUCAACAUCCUCAAUCUGGCUAUCAUUCUCAUCCUUGUCGUUGUCCUCGAACCGUCCGAUUCGUUAAUGUCCUCUUUCUUUUGGACAACUCUCGGAUUGGCCGUUUCCAUCAACUUCAGCAACGGUCUCUAUGAGAACUCCGUGUACGGGGUGUUUGCCGAUUUCCCGCACACCUACAUCGGAGCGUUGCUCAUCGGAAACAACAUUUGUGGACUUCUCAUUACCCUCGUCAAAAUUGGUGUCUCACUCUGUGGGUUUUGCUUUCUAUCUACUGUACUGAACUUCACUUUUCAGUGAUCAACAGAAAUCCGAAACUUGUGGCCAUCGUGUACUUCAGCAUUUCGUUGCUUAUACUCGUUGUGUGCGCUAUUGCGCUGAUUUUCAUCACUAAGCAGGUAAUUUUCGUUUCUUUAUUCCAUUAUCAUAAUAUUACGUUUAGGAUUUCUACCACUAUCACCAUGAGAAAGGAAUUCAAAUCCGCGAGAAAGCUAAUACUGAAAAGCCGUCUGUGCCCAUUCUCUGGAAUACGUUCAAAAAUGUGUCGUUUGCUGGUCAAGGAAAAGAAACAAAUGUUCAUUUUCAGUGUUACUGUCAACUGUUCAAUGUUUGGUUCUGCUUCGCCGUGACUCUUACUAUUUUCCCGGUCAUGAUGACUGUGAUCACUCGUGGAAAGUACGGAUUCUUGGAUCGUAUUUUGCCGGACAACAAUGAACUCUACACCUUGAUCACUAGUUUCCUGAUCUUCAAUUUGAUGGCCACUGUUGGAUCCGUAGUUGCUUCCCGGAUUCACUGGGUAAGACAAGAGAUAGCUUUCUCAGAAAUGGAUGUUCUUUACAGCCAACACCGCAGUAUCUGAAAUAUGCGAUCAUCGCCCGUGUUUUCCUCAUCCCAAUAUUCUUCUACUGCAACUAUCGCGUUGAGGGUCGUUCUUUCCCCGUUUAUUUCGACAGUCAGUUCUAGUAUCAAAAGUAACCGGUUCUAAAAGUGUUUUUCCAGACACUGACGUCUUUGUGUUUGCCGGAAUCGUCAUGUCUUUCUCGCACGGUUACCUGAGCGCCCUGGCGAUGGGCUACACUCCGAACGUGGUCCCGUCGCACUACUCGCGAUUCGCCGCGCAGCUAUCCGUCUGCACCCUCAUGGUCGGCCUUCUCACCGGAGGACUUUGGGCCGUCCUUAUUGAAAACGUGGUCGACAUGUCAGUCAACUACUAA